GAAUUUCUCCAGCAAGGAAAAUAAGGGGUGGUCGGUCAUCAUCAGGCCAUAGACUUGUUCAUUUUAGUCUUCUAAUUACCAACCCCUUUUAACCCCCUCCCCAUAUCUUUCUCAAUAAAUUGCUUCAAUCUCGAGCUUUAGAGAGACAGUUUAGGAUCGAUCACUUCAAUCAAGCUAUGGCUUUCAGAAAUAUCAUCACAUUGAAAAGCUGCUUCUCACCCACUUGCUGUUUCAAGGCCAAGAACCCUCUACUCUCUGAGCCAAAACUUGCAGCUUCCAAACAUAGCUCUUUCCGUGGGUUGUCCAUGUCGGAUUUUAGCAACUCCUCCUUGUCGGUCAUGAGUGAUCUAUCCAUCUCUCUUGUCGGAUCAAAUCUUCAUGUUUUUACUCUCAAGGAGCUCAAGGAUAUCACACAGAAUCUCUCAAAGAGUAAUUUUCUUGGUGAAGGUGGGUUCGGACCGGUUUAUAAAGGGUUCAUUGAUGACAAGCUUAGGCCUGGUUUGGAGGCUCAGCCUGUGGCUGUCAAGGUAUUGGACUUGGAUGGCAAGCAAGGCCACAGGGAGUGGCUGGCUGAAGUUAUAUAUCUUGGGCAAUUAAGGCACUCCCAUCUUGUGACCUUGAUCGGAUACUGCUGUGAAGAUGAGCACCGGCUGCUUGUGUACGAAUACAUGGAGCGUGGCAACUUAGACAACCAACUAUUUAGAGGCUAUUCUGCAGCCUUGCCUUGGUUAACAAGAAUAAAAAUUGCAAUUGGGGCUGCAAAAGGCCUUUCUUUUCUCCACGAAGAAGAAAAACCAGUCAUAUUUCGAGAUUUUAAAGCUUCCAACAUCUUGUUAGACUCAGAUUACAAUGCUAAGCUCUCUGAUUUUGGGCUUGCCACGGAUGGACCAGAAGGGGAUGAAACUCAUGUCACAACCCGUGUUAUGGGCACAGAAGGUUAUGCGGCUCCUGAAUACAUCAUGACAGGUCAUUUGACGACUAUGAGCGAUGUAUUCAGCUAUGGAGUGGUCCUUUUGGAGCUACUGACGGGUAGGAGAUCCGUGGACAAGAACCGGCCGGGUAGAGAGCAGAAUUUGGUGGAUUGGGCAAGGCCUCUUUUGAAGGAUACCCAUAAGCUUGAAAGAAUAAUUGACCGCAGGCUUGAAGGGCAGUACUCGAGCGAAGGGGCUAGAAAGGUAGCCUUAUUGGCCUACCAAUGCCUGAGCCAGCACCCAAAGUCAAGGCCCACAAUGAGCCAUGUGGUCAAGACCCUGGAGCCUCUCCUGGACCUGAAAGAUAUCCCCAUUGGACCCUUCGUUUACACUGUGCCAAAUGAAGAAAACAGUGAAAGUGAAUGCAGCAUGGCAAGAAAAUCAAGAGACCAUGGAAAUGGAAAUAAGGAUGAAAAGAAAGAAGAGGAGGAAAAGAAGAAGGGGCGUCAGCAGCAGGGGAAAGGUCAUAGGUAUAAUAGACGUCGGAUCAAAAAGUCACUGAGAUCUCGAGCCGUCUAUUCUGAUACGGCUUUGUAUAAAACUCUUGGGACUAGUUUGUACUCUUCCGUACUUGAACCUUUGGGCCAAGAGGGCAUUGUUAGUAGUAACCCUUAAGCAUAUUGUACACAUUAAAGAAAAUUAUAUUAAUUUUGUUGGAUAUUUUUUCAUUGUGAAUGGUAAAAUUGUAACACUUUCAUUGAAAUUGAGAGAGUACGGCUUGGUUUA